UUUCGUGUUCGUUUCGGUAUAUUCUACUUACAUCUUCGUUAUUCUAGUGCAGACAGAUAUCUACGACGAAGUGCGAUCGCAGCGCGGGAAUCCAUGACAGACUACGAACGAAAGACGCGCGAACAUACUGCGGAACGAGUACCAAGACUCCCGUUGGAACCGCGACUGCGACUGUCGAGGAUACAAGAGCACGCGCAACAUGCGAGAGACGUUGGGAUCAUGCGGAGCGAGCUCAAUAGCUCGGCAUUUCAUUUUUACUUCAGGAUGCUUUACUUACACCUAGGUAUAUAUAGGGAGAACAGUUAUCUACGACGAGACACGACCGGUCUACGUUAUUCUAGAGGACGCGGUAGCUACGGACAAGGAGGGUCGCAUUUCGAAGUACGAAGGAAGUACGAACGACUAUGCGAAGCGACAAGGGCUCGAAUUAUCACCGAACGAUGGUCGUUCGAAGCAACAGCGAGCCUUCGAUCGAGGAGAGACUUUGUAGAAUCACAUGCUGAGCUCGACGGCUCAUACCUUCUCCUUUGUUUUGUGUCGUUCCACUCACAGCUGCGUUACUAUAGGAAAACCCGGUAUCUGCGAUGGAGUACAGUGGCAUACGAGGAGAUACAGUGGACCGAAGAGUCGAAGUCGCACGAGGCAACUCGACAGUACUACUAUGAAUGGUGCGAGCAAACAGGAUACAGCGAAAGGGUGCCCGACGACGGGUUUCAAGUAGACAAGCAGUGUAGCCAUGCAUCGAAGUUCGCAACGAGGGAAUGCCUGACAGAACAACGACGGCACGCACGAAGCGUCCGAGUCACACAGAGCGAGCACAGCAGCUCGACAUUCAGUUUUUACUUUGAGCUGCUUCACUUACGACUGCUUUAUUCUAGAAUACGCGAAGGACUACGAAGUACAGGCGAAGCUUUAAGUCACCUCGAUGUGGAUCAACUGCCAGAUAGACAAAGUAGCACUCGACGGGUUCGAAGCGACGUGAGUUCACACCCAGAGCCCGAGCGCUCUUCGUUUCCUUUCAUUUUUGUGACAAGUUACUUACGAAUGUUUAGUGUUAGGGUAUUAGACGAGUGCGAACACGAACGGCCAGCUAUGAUCGAAGGAGACUACUGAGUUGCGAAGACAAGCAUCAACUAUGAAAGCUUCUUGGGGCUGGUGUCGAAUGAAGCAGAAGCAGAGUCCCUCGAAGAUGGAGGGGAGAACCUCGCAUGCCAUGAAAGGUCGCUAUGGGAGCGAUAUGUAGAGCUGGGACGAGCGCGAUGGGGUGUGGACCCGAGGAUGGCUGCACGGGAAGAGAAACUCAGCAAGGGAGC